AUGAAGCGAUUGGAGGAGCUUGCGACAAAAUACGACCUGCCUUUGAGUUCAGAUCGUGCGUCGUCCUCAAUUUUGACAGGCGGCUGCGGCGGCGCUGUAGGAGCUGAUGAAAAUAACUUGUAUCCGACCUACAAGUCGCGCGUUAGCGAUCUGCAGCCACGAGAGGCAGGAAGCGCUGCCGGAACUAUGUCUUCGACCGCGGCUGGUGUGAUACGGUCCGGCUUUUCGGCAGCCGCGACUCAGCAAGCGUUGCAGGAGACUGCUGACGCGACGGCGGAGCAGGCGCGGCAACUAGAACAAG